AUGACGCGUAAAGAAGCACUUCCUGUGCCAUCGUUCUUACACUUGUUAAUAUUCUGUGCCGCAAUAUUCGAAAGGAACGCUCUCGCAUCUGUCGAAAUCAACGAAGGUGCAGACGCCGCUGGGAAGAAAGGUGUCGACGGAUGUGUCGAAUGUGGCGAUUACAGGUGUCCGGGCAACUCUGAGAAAUGUUUACUGGGCUCUGUCCUCGAUCCCUGCAAAUGUUGCGCGAACGGUAUAUGCGCUCGAUUAGAUGGCGAAUCCUGUUGGAACUCUAGCAUUCCCGGAUUGCCUUCCACACACCGUAACAAUGGCCACUGUGCAAGAAAUUACGAAUGCAGAUUAAGGACGGACCUCCGAGAGCAGGACGAGCCGCAAGCGAUUUGCGUUUGCAUGGAACAAACGCCGGCCUGUGGUAACGACAAUAAAACGUACACAACGCCGUGUGCACUGCACGAAGAGGCAAUGAGACGGAAAAGUUCGUCCUUUUUGACGUUGCAGCAUCUUGGUCCGUGUCAAAGCCGCCCGUGGAUUUUAUCGCCGUUGGAGGAUGUUUUGUCGGUGUUUGGCCAACGAUUGGCGUUGAACUGCGAAGCGAAAGGCUUCCCUGUCCCGGAGAUAUUUUGGGAAUUUCACGCGGCAGACGGGAGGACGGUGUUGAAAUUACCAGGCGAAGCACAGGGAGCGACGGUUCACAGCAGUCUCGGCCCCGAGCCUUUCAUGCGGACGUCAUGGAUGCAAUUACCUCGCCUCACUAAAGAGUACAUUGGCAUGUAUCAUUGCAUCGCUAAAAACUCGUGGGGCGAAGCUAGUAGUACGUCUUUCGUUUCCAUGUUGGAGCGCUAAAUGUAUGUUUCUUCUUCUCCUUUUUUUUUUUCUAAUUUUUUU